AUGCUUCAACCUGGGCAUUCCAAUAGUAAUAACGCUUCCACCUCGUCCACAUCAAAUGCUGGACGUUCCAUUGGUAACGCCUCCACCUCGUCCACUUCCAUUACUGGAUGUUCCAUUGGUACCGCAUCCACUUCGUCCACUUCAAAUGCUGGACGAUCCAUUGUUAACGCCUCCACCUCGUCCACUUCCACUGCUCAUAAUCUACUGGCUGGAUCAUCUACAAAUAUCGACAAUUGCACCUGGGAAUUGAUACGUUACGAAGGAAUUCAUAAGGGACGACGACCACACUGCCGAAAUCCUGCCUGCAAGUCUGAAGUAAGUGAUGGGUCACUAGUUAUCAUCGCCAAUGGAAUGUGGUCUCCUCCAUAUUUCAAUGCCAAAGGAGAAACAUUCAAGGUCCCAUCGAAAUUUUACUUUUGCCUGAGUAGCACAUGCUGCAUGCAUACGCCCACAGGUAGUGAUGUUUUACCACCACAGGAAAUAUCCAUAAAACAAGCCCUUCUUCACAUGUUGAGUUCUGAUGAAUAUAAACAAAUUUCCAAUCUUGGACUACCAUUUACUUGGGAGUGA